CCGACCAUUGCCCUCAAACCUGGUGAUACGUAUAUAAGGCGCGGUUUCGUUCUUUUCUUUAUUUCCUCCUCCCCGUCGUCUCUUCCGUUUCACCCGUCCUCCGCCCCUUCUCCCGGAUCGAGUCCAAGCCUUCUAAAUCGUGCCCCAUCCGCCAUAGGUUGUUAACUCAAUAUGGGAUUGGUAAAGAAUGGCGCUGACAUUGAGGAGGGACAGCUGGAGAUUGGCAUGGAGUAUAGGACUGUUUCUGGAGUGGCUGGACCUCUGGUCAUCUUGGAGAAAGUUAAGGGUCCUAAGUAUCAGGAAAUUGUCAAUAUUCGAUUAGGUGAUGGCACAACUCGACGCGGCCAGGUCCUGGAAGUUGAUGGGGAGAAAGCUGUGGUGCAGGUUUUUGAAGGAACUUCAGGAAUCGACAACAAAUAUACCACGGUGCAGUUCACAGGCGAGGUUUUGAAAACUCCGGUGUCACAGGAUAUGCUUGGACGCAUUUUUAAUGGUUCUGGAAAACCUAUCGAUAAUGGUCCUCCAAUAUUGCCUGAGACUUACUUGGAUAUUUCAGGAAGUUCUAUCAAUCCCAGUGAGAGAACUUACCCUGAAGAGAUGAUUCAGACAGGGAUAUCCACAAUUGAUGUUAUGAACUCCAUUGCUCGAGGACAGAAGAUUCCCCUCUUUUCUGCUGCUGGGCUUCCUCACAAUGAAAUAGCUGCUCAGAUUUGUCGACAGGCAGGUCUUGUGAAACGUUUGGAAAAGUCCAACAAUCUUAUGGAGGAUGGAGAGGAGGACAAUUUUGCAAUUGUGUUUGCUGCUAUGGGAGUAAACAUGGAAACUGCACAAUUUUUUAAACGUGAUUUUGAAGAAAAUGGUUCAAUGGAGAGGGUGACUCUUUUUCUAAAUCUGGCAAAUGACCCGACCAUUGAACGAAUUAUCACCCCCCGAAUUGCACUAACUACUGCAGAAUACUUAGCUUAUGAAUGUGGUAAACAUGUUCUUGUCAUCCUAACAGAUAUGAGCUCAUAUGCUGAUGCACUUCGUGAGGUAUCAGCCGCCCGAGAGGAGGUUCCAGGUAGACGUGGUUAUCCUGGUUAUAUGUACACUGACCUGGCAACAAUAUAUGAGCGUGCUGGACGUAUAGAAGGAAGAAAAGGCUCCAUCACACAGAUACCCAUCUUAACCAUGCCAAAUGAUGAUAUCACACAUCCAACUCCUGAUCUUACUGGCUAUAUUACCGAAGGCCAAAUAUACAUUGACAGACAACUUCAAAAUCGGCAGAUAUACCCACCUAUCAAUGUCCUUCCAUCUCUCUCCCGGUUGAUGAAGAGUGCUAUUGGCGAGGGUAUGACACGUCGAGAUCAUGCAGAUGUGUCUAACCAGCUCUAUGCCAAUUAUGCAAUCGGAAAGGAUGUUCAGGCAAUGAAAGCAGUUGUUGGAGAGGAGGCGCUCUCAUCUGAGGAUCUGCUCUAUCUCGAGUUCCUAGAUAAGUUUGAAAGGAAAUUCGUUACACAAGGAGCAUAUGAUACACGCAACAUCUUCCAGUCACUCGAUCUUGCCUGGACACUGCUGCGCAUCUUCCCCCGUGAGCUACUUCAUCGUAUUCCCGCUAAGACACUAGAUCAGUAUUACAGCAGAGAAACGGCCCACUGAUUUGUCAAUAGAGCAUGUUUUAGUGAGGUGGAAAUAAAUUCAUGGCUGCAUAUAAAGAUCAUAAAUUCAGUCUUUUUGUCAUGAUAGCCUAGCUUCAAAUUCUUUGCAGCCCAAAUUCUAAGUUGAUGCCUAGUUGGCUCUUGUAUCAUUAAACUCGUGUGCUGUUUGCUGUGCUUGGUUAUGAUUCCAUAUUUAUGUUUGUAGAAAAUCAGACAUUUCAGAUACCUGGGUAAGCUAAUUUACUGCUUUCUGCAUUGUUGUCUGCGACAUCUGUUGUAGAAGAAACCUCUUCGAGUAAUAUUAAUAAGCGUUUCAGUGA